CAUUCAUCUCACUGUACGUUCCAAGUCCAAAGUUGAUACUUCAAAAUCCAAAAACAUCUUCAGCCAACUUGAUUCUCAUUUUGAACCUUAUUCAGUUGGCAUGGGGACUUCUGAUACACACUUGUUUCUUUCUCUUAUGCAGAUUUUCAUUCUAUGCUUCAUCUGUUUCAUAGCCAAAGUUGAAGCUUCAAACAAAAAGCUUUCAGGCUUUUAUGUGUUUGGAGACUCCACGGUAGACCCAGGAAACAAUAACUACAUAAAGACACCUUUUAGGAGCAAUUUUCCACCGUACGGGAGGGACUUUCCCAACCAAGUUCCAACAGGGAGAUUUACAAAUGGGAGGCUUGCCACUGAUUACAUUGCUUCACACGUAGGUCUUAAGAAAGAUGUUCUUCCACCUUAUUUGGACCCAAACCUCAGAAUUGAGGAGCUGAUGACAGGAGUUAGUUUUGCCUCCGCUGGUUCUGGCUUUGACCCACUUACACCAAGCAUGACUAACGUAAUUCCAAUAGAAAAACAGUUGGAGUAUUUCAGAGAAUGCAGAAAGAGGAUGGAGGAUGCAUUGGGAAAGCGAAGAAUUGAAAAUCAUGUGAAGAAUGCAGCGUUCUUCAUCAGUGCCGGUACGAAUGACUUCGUUCUUAAUUAUUUUGCUCUACCAGUACGAAGAAAGAGCCACAGUAUCCUGGCGUACCAACAGUUCUUAAUCCAACACGUGAAACAAUUUAUACAGGAUUUGUUGGUAGAAGGUGCUCGAAAAAUUGCAAUAACUGGAGUACCUCCAAUGGGAUGCCUACCGUUGAUGAUCACCUUGAAUUCCCCUAAUGCCUUUUUCCAGCGUGGUUGUAUUGACAAAUAUUCCUCCAUUGCAAGAGAUUACAAUCUACUCCUUCAACAUGAAUUACACGGAAUGCAAUUGCAGCUCAAUAUGUCUACUCCAGAUGCUAAGAUCUAUUAUGUUGACACAUAUAAACCCAUAGCCGAUAUGAUUCAAGCGCGAAAAAGAUUUGGCUUUGAUGAGGUUGAUAGUGGCUGUUGUGGAAGUGGGUACAUUGAAGCAUCAAUUUUGUGUAAUAAGCUUUCAAAUGUGUGCCUUGAUCCAUCAAAGUAUGUAUUCUGGGAUUCAAUUCACCCAACAGAAAAGACAUACCACAACAUCUUCUUGGCUGGCCUGUCCACCAUUGAUUUCAUUGCCAAUAACUAGAAUAAGUUCCUAUAGACACAUUCCUUCGUUUUCUUCUUAUCAAUUAUGGGGUCCCUAACUCAAUGUAUUUCUUCUUCUUCUUCCCGUAGUAGUAUAUGCCAUAGUGGCAUAUACAAAAUAAAAUAUUAUCAAUAAUGUGUUCAACGCCAAUCAAACGGGUGCUAAACACAUCUUAUGGCCACACAAUAUA